CCCGAGUUGAAACUCCCCUCGCGCCCUCCGAAAAUAUGUGAUAAUCCGCCAGGCCGUCAAGUAGCAACUGUGCUUGACGACAACAACGACGACAUGAAGAUCAAAAUUCCUUGGUACUCGAAAUACUCGGGUUACGAAAAACUCAAGGCGCUGCCAAAAAGCCAGACUCGCUGUGCCGUCUUCGCUGUCUCGUGCAUCGGCGCCGUCAUCAUUCUGGCGAUACUCACCUGGUUAUUUGACAGCGGCUACAUACACCGCGGGGGACUUAACCUCACGCCAACUGCCAGUGUACGACUGCCGCAAGGUACGUACAAGGGCGAAGUCCAAUCAAAGUCAGCCGACUUUCCUCGUGCCAUUGAGGCGUACCGCGGCAUUCCCUAUGCCCAAACAACAGGCGGCGAGAACCGAUUCAGGCCGUCUCGGCCACUGUCCAGCGAGAGAAAGCCCGAUGUGGUAUACAGCGCGAUUGAUUAUGGACAUAUCUGCCCCCAGUUGACGUUGGGUUCCAAUCAGGAUGAAGAUUGUCUCAAUGCGAAUGUGUUCCGUCCCUAUUUUGGCGAUGAUGAGACCGCGAACGCCGAGGAUAUGGCCAAGUUGGGCGGCAAGGGACAGCUAUUGCCCGUCGUCAUCUACGUCCACGGCGGUGGGUUCAACGGGGGCUCCGGAAGUGAACGGAACAUGGCCAGUUUCGUCGCCUGGGCCGAUUCGCCUCUCAUUGGUAUCAGCUUCAACUACCGCGUUGGUGCGCUAGGGUUCUUGCCCAGCGGGCUGAGUGAGAAAGCUGGUUUGCUUAACCUGGGUUUGAAAGACCAGCAGUUGUUAUUUGCAUGGGUACAGAAGAAUGUCAAGAAUUUCGGGGGUGACCCAGACAAUGUGACCAUCAUGGGACUCAGCGCGGGGGCGCACUCAGUUGGCCAUCAUAUGAUUUCGUACUCUCCAGCAAAUAAGCUCACGUCGGAUUCGGUCCCAUUCCAAAAAGCCAUCAUGGAGUCGGGCUCUGCAAUGUCACGCGCUGUCUUAGUCCCGACGCAUCCUCUCCAUGAGACGCAGUUCCGGGAGUUCCUGCUGCGCUGUAACCUCCAAGACACGCCCGACGAAGAGAUCUUUGAUCAACUUCGCUCAUUGCCCAUUCGCCGUAUUGUUGCUGCCUCCAAUUUUAUCUAUCGCAAGUAUUACUACGAUCUGCGGUGGCCUUUCCAACCUGUCAUUGACGGGCCCAGGGGCAUCAUCCCAGAUCUCCCCAGUCGGUCUUGGGAUAAGGGUAAUGUCCUUCGUAUUCCGAUACUGACCGGUUUCGACACAAAUGAGGGCUCCCGCUUCGUGGCCCAGGCUGCAUCGAACAAUACCCCGCUUCGCAAGCUCAUGAGUAACAUCAUACCAGGGCUCAACGAGACUGCGCUAGACAUCAUGGAGACGUUGUACCCAAACAUCACUACCCCCGAAGGCACAGCCUUGUAUAUUACGCAGAGACCAGCUGGUUUAGGGAAACAAUUCUGGCGCCUUGACGACGCGUACGCUCAUUAUGCGUACAUUUGCCCGGUGUUCCAAACAGCACAUUAUGCGACAACGUCAACCUCUGAGGCGCCAGUCUACGUUUACCAUUUCGCCGCCCGUUCCGCCACUUACAGUAGUGCUGACCACAGCGACGAAGCGCCCUUGGUCGCCCACGACAUGAGCAAAAUACAAGGCUACCCUGGGUUGAUUGCCGCCGCCGAUUCCAUGGUAAGAGCCUGGGCACGAUUCGCCGCGUUUGGGGACCCCAAUCCAAUCAGCUCCGGUAACGCAUCAUUGACUUGGACGCGGUACUUCAGCCCGUUUGGCACCUCCAACGGAGACGAAGGCGGUACCACGGCCGAGAGGGCACAAGUGGCGCUGUUCGCCCACGGCAACGACGAGGGUAUGGACUCGCGCGGCCGGCACAGCUUUGGCACACCCGCGCAGAUGAUAGACAUGAGCCAGAGGGAAAUGGACGAGUGCAUGUUCUGGUGGGACAACAUUUUGUACAGUGAGGGCUACGGCAAUGGAAGUCUGGCUAUCCCGGCCGGUAAUGGCAGUGGCGCCACAACAUGUUGAAGGAGAAGGUGGGGGCUUGAGGUACCGAAGGGCCCGGAUGGUGGUGGUAAGAUAUACACAUUUCUUGGAUUGGGGAAGACAUGGCUGGAGUUUGAGGCAUUUCAAGGAGCAGAAGACAUUAAAUGUCCUUCUCAAGGAUUGAAGGGGAGGAAGUUCGUGGUUUGGUUGUACAUUCAUAGAUUUUUGGGUAUGAUAAGCAUAAGCAUGCGUCACAGUGUUAGAGAUAAUCAUAUACCCUUCACAUUUCGAA